CCUGCGCGGUAGAACGAGGCUCAGCCCCAUAAGCAAAAUGGCGGCGGCAGCGACGCGACUUGUGCUACUGGUGUGUGGAGUUGCUGUCUUCCGGACCGCUGUGGUGUCUUCCUUUGCUAUAGAUUUGGAUGACUCGUUUAAAGAAAAUAGAGAAGAUGACAUUUGGUUGGUAGAUUUUUAUGCACCUUGGUGUGGCCACUGCAAGAAAUUGGAACCAAUAUGGGAUGAGGUAGCUACUGAAAUGCGAUCUGUAGGGUCUCCAGUGAAAGUUGGAAAGAUGGAUGCAACCAUUUUUGCAGGUGUUGCCUCUGAAUUUGGAGUCCGAGGAUAUCCAACUAUCAAAUUGUUAAAGGGAGAUCUUGCAUAUAAUUACAGAGGACCUCGUACCAAAGAGGAUAUAAUUGAAUUUUCUAACAGGGUGUCGGGACCGUUAGUGAGAUCACUUCCCACUCAACAACUCUUUGAUCACAGGCAACAGAGGCAUCUGGUUUUCUUUGUUUACGUUGGUGGUGAAUCUCCUCUGAAGGAGAAGUUCUUUGAAGUGGCAUCAGAAAUGAUUGUGUAUACCUACUUCUUUUCUGCUUCAGAGGAUGCUUUGCCACAGGAUGUCGCUGUCCAGGAACUUCCUGCUGUGUUGGUGUUCAAAGAUGGAACCUAUUACACGUAUGAUGAAUAUGAAGAUGGAGAUAUGUCCUCAUGGGUGAAUAAAGAAAGAUUCUUAGGAUAUCUUAACAUUGAUGGUUUCACUUUAUAUGAACUUUCAGAGACGGGAAAGCUAGUGGUGGUUGCAGUUAUUGAUGGCAAGAAUUCAUCUGAAGAACAUGCCAGCUUAAAGGACAUUACUCAUGAAGUUGCUACUGGUUACAGGGAGCAGUUUCACAGGGAUUUCCAGUUUGGGCACGUGGACGGAGCUGAUUACAUCAACGGUGUCAUUAUGGAUGAGGUUGCUGUUCCUUCCAUUGUGGUGCUGAAUACCUCAAACCAACAGUAUUUUGUACCAGAAACCCCAAUUAUGAGCAUUGAGGACUUGAUUAAAUUCAUUAAUAAAAUCUUGGAAGGAUCUGCAGAAGCACAGGGAGGAGACAGUUUCUUUUAUCGUGUUAGAAGACUGCUCUAUGAUGGAAAAUCCACCAUUUUAUCCGUUUUUAAGGCCUCCCCACUCCUGGGCUGCUUUCUCUUUGGUCUACCUUUGGGUGUUAUCAGCAUCAUGUGUUACGGAAUCUGGUCAGCAGAUGGGGAAUAUGAACCAGAAGAAGGAGAACUGCUUCAGGAUGAAGCCAUUGAACAGGGAGAUGCAGAACCCAGUGAUGGAGAAAAGGAGGAAAAUGGUGAUGAAAAUCAAAAGGAUGGUGAAGUUAAAGAAAAUUCAGAGGAGCUCAAAGACGAAGAACUGGAGGAGAAAAGCAUGGUAGAAAAGAAAACUGAUUAAUAUAUAGUUUAUGAAUUCCCUAUAGGAUUUCAAAACUAAGUGUGAGUCACAUUUGAACAUCAGUGGAAAAUAUUGGAAAUAAAACACAAGUGAUGUGUUUGCCUUAGAUUGAUCUGUACCUUUGCAGAGACCAACUGGGCUACAAGAACUUUGAUCAUGUGAAUUAUAUUUUGUUCUUUAGAUGCAGAUAGUUUUCGUGGAAUCUCUGCCAUUAUGGAAGAAGAGACUUGGUUGUUAAUGUAAAUUGGCAGAAAUUCAAGAAUUCCCUAUAGUUUGGUCUUCUGACCUCAAUGUCCAAGGCUUGGGUGCAAUGGCACAUGUAGUUAACAAAGAAACAUUAGCAGGGUUAUAAGAGUAAGAUGAUGCUUUAGACAAGGGUUUUGGCUCACAAAAUAUCGGGAGAUGGAUAAGAAUUUCCACAGUAAGUUUAAAUACACCGUCAAAUGUCAUACAUAUAAAACAGUAGAUGAGUAAAUGUUCAUUGUACAUGGUAAUAUCAAUCUUUCGGUUUUAUUUCCCUGACUUAAAAAUUGGAUUGCCUAAUAAAGGAUAUCAUGUCAUUUUGAGCAAUUUUA